GCUAGCCUCUCCCAGGUGAAGGACGGUUCGUGGAUCCGCUUAUUCCAGCUUGAUGUGGCCCGGUCAUUGGCUGCGCAACUCGUCCUUGUUGUGAAUUAUCUAAAUGGUAAUCCGCUUCCUCCUGGUGUCCUAUCCCACAGCGUUGCAUCUAUAUGGCUGGGGCAAGCAAGUGAGAAAAUCACACUUACAGAAGCCAGAAUCUUGCUUUCAGAUUUUGGUAAAGCUUUUUUAUACUUAAAUAAACAGAAAUACGAAUCUCGUACCCCCCUAUUAUCCGUCCGCCCGAGGCUCGGUUUAAAUCAGAUAAGCCUUUGUCUUUCUCAUCGGAUAUCUGGACUCUCGCCUACACUAUAUGUUCUAUCGUCGCUUAGCAGCCAUUAUUCGAAGAGGAAGUGGGAGGCUCGACGAUAUAGUUUUUCUGAGGAUAGCAUGCCAAUGAACCUUAACCCUUUCCGAUCUUGGGAUGAUCGAUUUGAGGAUAGUAUGCAACAGCCUAGGCGAGAUAAUGGGAUGCCGUUAUUUGACGCAAGGGAUAGGGACGCUAUCUUCGAUAUGCUACGGCCGAUGCUCUCAUUUAGACCCGAGAGUCGUCCAACUACCCAGCAGAUCCUCGAGUCAGAAUGGAUGGUAAAAUGGGCUUUACCUGAAUAUAGCAAGAUCAACAAUGAUAUGUAG